CUGCUGUGGCGUUUCUUGUGAAGGCACAUUGCUAUCUGGUCUUUGGAUUGUACAUAGGAUGUCUCUCGGAACGCCUGCAAUCGGCAAAGGUCUGCUGCUCAAAGCAGACACCAUCGCGAAUACUUUCCGAGAUGAAAUUCAGAAGUCUCUUGCUACUCGACAGAAGGCACCGAAGCUCGUCGGCAUACUUUCCACAUCGCAGUCGCCCAGCAGAUACUAUGCCGAGUUCACCCGCAAGCAAUGCGAAGAAUUGGGCGUCAACUUCGUAUUGAAGGAGACUGGAGCUGCCUUGAACAAGGACAGAGUCGCGGAUGACAAGCUUGCGGAGGGGGAAGGCGUGGAAGAAGCCAUCAUAGAAGCCAACGAGGAUGACUCUGUAGACGGGAUCAUGGUGUAUUAUCCUAUUUUCGGUGUACAACAGGACCAAUACCUGCAACAGGUUGUGUCCCCGCUGAAAGACGUAGAGGGCCUCCAUUUUAAGUUCCAUUAUAAUUUGUACCAUAAUAUCCGCUUUAUUGAGCCCAAAGGAUUAGUAUCCCCGGUCACCCCGAAAGAUAUCCCGUCACAGCCUGCAGAUGACACACCCCCUCCUGGGACCGUCAAGUCGAUCCUGCCAUGCACGCCAUUGGCCAUCGUGAAAUGCCUGGAACACGUCGGCGUAUAUAAUAAGAUCCUCCCAUAUGGGGAUCGUGCCUAUGGGAAGACCAUCACGGUCAUUAAUAGGUCUGAGGUGGUUGGCCGACCGCUGGCUGCUCUGCUGGCGAACGACGGAGCGAGAGUGUUCUCCGUCGACAUCGACUCCAUCCAGGAAUAUACGAAGCGACCGCGGGUCUCGACUGACUCGUCGUCGACGCGGUACCACCCGCGACAUAUCGUCCACCCAUCUUCAUUGUCUCUGCAAGAAUGCCUGGCCCUCUCGGACGUGGUUAUAUCCGCGGUGCCGAACGCUGAGUACAAAGUUAAAACAGAGUGGCUGAAAGACGGAUGUGUGGCCGUCAAUGUGGCUGCGGAGAAGAACUUCGAAAAGGAUGUCAGGGAAAAGGCAUCCCUCUAUCUCCCCGCUGUGGGCAGAGUUACUAUCAUGAUGCUCUUGCGUAACCUCUUACGCCUCCAGCAAUGUCGGGAACUCCUCUAGCGUGCGGGCGUGGGUUCUGAGGUUAAACGUACUUCCGCAACGGUCAACAAACAUUGCUGUAAGCGCCAAGGAGGCUGCGCAUCCACGGCUGCUGUCAAUAGGGACGCCUGCCCCUUGGAAUGUAUAGUACACUGGAGAGUAUGGUACCCACUAGAUAUGGAACUGUCCUGUGCACGCUAGAUAAAUAGGCAGAAGGGUGUUUUGUAGAGAUAUGAUUUUGAUGGGAUGAAUGAACGAAUGAAUGAACGACUGAGAGACGAUGUAUAUUAAACUUGUCGAGAUAAUGAUGACCCCGUCCGCACUGAUGCACGACCCAGAGCCAGUGAUAAUUCCUUCAUUGAACAAUUAGGUGGAUGACGCUGCGUCAGUCUACAAAGGGGCAAGACUAUGUAUCAAUGGCAUACUAGUAUAGGAUUGAGAGCAACCGGAUAACCAACAAGAGAAGACGAACGUUGUCAGGUAGUGGGACCCGUAGUGUUACUGGAAAUAUGAAUCUGUGAGAUGGGGGACGGGUGGGGACGAGGCGGUUCCGUUGGGAGUCGGAGUACCGGAGCCGGAUGGGAAGCCCGGGGUCACAGGAGUUGAGACGCCAGAGGCUUCGUCAGACAUGAAACGCACGCGCUGCCGAUGGGCCUGAGGGAGCUUGGGUACUAAGCCUAGUAUGAGGGCCGUGAGGUUGAUCGCGAAGACCCAGGGGUUGUAUUGUGUGAAAUGCGUGGAGAGGAGGAAUAAUACGAUGGGAACGGUAAUGAGCCACUUCUUUGCUGGAGUGUACUGCGCACCUUCGUCUAUCUGCUCCCAUAACGUUAGAUCAUCAUACGCUCCUCCGUGCAGCUCGUUGUCGAAGGGGAUGCCUGUCUGCCAGUGGAAGAUGAAGUAGGAGAGAAUGAUGUAAAGGAGAUUUGUUAGUGUCCAGCUGACUUGCUGGUUCAUUCCAGGCAGCGUGUCGAUGAGGAUCUUUCCUGCGACUAUCAGCACCGGGUGAAUGAGCCAUGCACCCUUUCUAUUAACCCAUUCCGCGUUGACGUUAGCAUAGGCACUCUGGUCGAGCACCUCUUCCUGGGAGCUAGGGCCGACCUGCUCGACCUUCACAAUGCUUCCACUUCGCCCGCGCGCCCUUAAUGCGGGCGGCAG